UUAUAAAAACUAUAUAAAAACGUUUAAAAACUCUGAUAUUUUUAUAUUUUUAACAAGUAUAUUAUUUCAACUAAACAGAAAAUCUAUAACCUAUUCAUAUAAGUGUACCUAACCUCAAAUACUAGUUUUCUUAAGAUACAUUCUAAAUUAUGGAAAGRAAAAAUAUACAUUCGUUAAAAAAUAAACAAAUUUAUAAAGAAAAUGUUCGUAAGAAGAGAGCAAGGAUAAUAAUAAGAAAUCUGCCAUUUCAACUCACAGAGGAUAAUUUAAAAGAAUAUUUUAAUGAGUAUGGUAAAMUUGAAGAAGUAAAGAUAUUAGAGAAAAAUGGAAAAUCUGUUGGUUGUGGUUUUGUACAAUUUGAUCAUGUACAAAGUGCAGCGAAAGCAAUACAUCAUGCAAACAUGAAGAUACUUCAAGGUAGAUCCAUCGUGGUUGAUUGGGCGAUACCAAAAAGUAAGUAUAAAAAAGAUAAAAAUAACCCAGGAAAUAUAAAGGAAGAUAAUAUUGAUGCUGAAAUAAAGAUGGAAUGCGAAGAAAAUCAGAAUGAUGAUUCUAAAAACGAUUAUAUAAGUUUAUCGACUGAAAAAAACCAAGAGGAUAUACAAGAUUUAUCAAAAGAAGAAGAUAUAAAAGAUGAGAAAGUUACUGAAGAAAUGUCUGAAGAAGAAGAAGAAGAAGAAGCAGACGACAAAGAAUUAAUUAGGAGACAAAAUUUCAAACGUGAGUCUAAUGAUGUUGAAGAUGGUAAAACCAUAUUUUUAAAAAACGUACCAUUCUCGACGACAAAUAAUGAACUCAAAAAAUUUAUGGAAGAAAGGUUCGGUCCAGUUUAYUAUGCUCUAAUAUGCAUAGACCGUAUGACUGAACAUUCCAGAGGUACAGCAUUUGUAAAAUUCAAGAAUAUAGAAGAUACUGAAAAAUGUUUAUCAGCAGGGACUGAACUACGUUUACAAGAUGAAAUUCUUGAACCUUACAAGGCAUUAAGUAAAAAAUGUAUUAUGGAUAAAAAUAAUUUAAAGAAUAAAAAAGAAAGAGAUACGAGAAAUUUAUAUCUUGUUAAAGAAGGAGUAAUAACAGCUGGAAGCCCAGCUGCAGUAGGCGUAUCAGCUACAGAUAUGGCUAAACGAUUACAACUUGAACGUUGGAAAUCUCAGAUAUUACGUAAUUUAAAUAUGUUUGUUUCAAGAAUACGUUUAGUUGUUCAGAAUUUGCCAGCUUCACUAGAUGAUGCGAAACUUAGGUUAAUUUUUAAAAAAUAUGGUGGACCUACGGCGAUCAUUAGAGAAGCAAAAGUUAUGCGUGAUUUAAAAAAUAUUGAUGCAAACGGUGUAGGUAAAUCCAAAGAAUUUGGAUUUGUAACAUUUACAAAACACGAAGAUGCUCUAAGAGCUUUACGAGCUAUAAAUAAUAACCCUAAGAUUUUUACACCAUACAAGAGACCAAUAGUUGCAUUUUCCAUAGAAAAUCGUAUUAUGGUAAAUACGAAACAAAGGAGAACAGAAAAAAAUUUAGCACGGAGUCCUCUUUACUCAGGAAAUAAAAAAAUCAUUCCAAAAGAAUCAGUGGAGCAAAAAAUAGUCCAAGCUAAGUCAGAAAGAAAAGUUGAGAAAGAAGAAAAAACUUUCACUGGUAAUCAAAGUAAACCUGGACAAACAAAGAUCAGAUCAAGGUUUAAUUUAAAAAAUCAAGCUAUUCUGCAUAAAAAAGUAACGAAGAAGGAAAAAAAGGCAGUUAAACACGAUCAACAAAGCAGAAAAAUGAAAAUAGAAAAAGUGAAGAAAGAUGUAAAAUUUAAAAAAUCUGCCAAAAAAAGGGAUGCAGAAAAUGCAAACUUUAAUAAACUUGUUCACAGUUAUAAAAAUAAAUUAUUAGCAAUAGGUCCAACCAAUCCAUCAAAAUGGUACGAAACGUCAUCGACGUAAAUACAUAUUUAUAUGUUUUAAUAUUAAAUAAUUAAUAGACAUCUCUAUGUAUUGUCUAUUCUUUUUAAUAAAUAUCUCAUAUUAUAUAUUAUUGACGUAAACAAACUUGAGCGAAUCCUGUAAAAAAUAGAAGAACAAGAAUAUAAGUUAUGUUAUAUGAGAAUAUAAUUAUUACCAGCAGAUAACAAUAUUUUUCUUUUUUAU